GGCUGGCCAAUGAGGAGGCGGAGGGAUGGGUGAGUGGGUGGGACUGGGCCUCGCGCCGCUAUAGCCGACAUUUUGUGUGCUUCGCGGGGAGAGGAGGCGCGGUCCCUGGCGAGGCUCUGCCAAGAUGGUGAAACUCUUCAUUGGGAAUCUGCCCCGGGAGGCAACAGAGCAAGAGAUCCGGUCGCUCUUUGAGCAGUAUGGGAAGGUGCUGGAAUGUGACAUCAUCAAAAACUAUGGCUUUGUGCAUAUUGAAGACAAGACAGCGGCCGAAGAUGCCAUCCGUAACCUUCAUCACCACAAGCUGCAUGGUGUCUGCAUCAACGUGGAAGCCAGCAAGAACAAGAGCAAGGCAUCCACCAAGCUGCAUGUGGGCAACAUCAGCACCACCUGCACUAACCUUGAGCUGCGGGCCAAGUUUGAAGAGUAUGGCCCAGUAAUCGAGUGCGACAUAGUGAAGGACUAUGCCUUUGUGCACAUGGAGCGGGCUGAGGAUGCGGUGGAGGCCAUCAGAGGCCUAGACAACACAGAGUUCCAAGGCAAGCGGAUGCACGUGCAGUUGUCCACCAGUCGGCUCAGGACUGCGCCUGGGAUGGGAGACAAGAGCGGCUGCUAUCGGUGCGGGAAAGAAGGGCACUGGUCUAAAGAGUGUCCGGUAGAUCGCACGGGGCAAGUGCCUGACUUUACCGAAACCUAUAAUGAGCAGUAUGGAGCGGUGCGCACUCCCUACCCCGCGGGCUAUGGGGAGACCAUGUAUUACGAUGAUGGGUAUGGAGCAAUGGUCGACUACUACAAAAGAUACCGGGUGAGGCCCUAUGCUACGGCAUCUGCAUACGACGCCUAUGCAGAGCAAACAAUGGCCCAGUAUUCGCAGUACGCGCAAUACUCCCAAGUACAAACCACAGCCAUGGCCGCCACCACAGCCAUGGCCGCCACCACAGCCAUGGCCAAUCGCCUCACUACUACCCUAGACCCUUACGAUAGAGCGCUGCUGCCAACCCCGGGAGCAGCAGCAGCGGCAGUCGCUGCAGCUGCAACUGCUGCUGCAGCAGCCGCAUCCUCCACCUAUUACACCCGGGAUAGAAGCCCCCUGCGUCGCACGGCAACCGCGGCCACCACCGUCGGAGAGGCGUACGGUUAUGAACGUUGUCAGCUGUCUCCAGUCUCGUCGGUCGCUCGGGCCUCCCUCUACGACGUUCAGCGGUUCGGGCGGGAGUCGUAUGCGGACAGGGCGCGGUACUCUGCGUUUUGAGUCGGAGGUGAGAGCACUUUCCGGUCUAGUUCAUAGGUUUUUGUCCAGAUACUUUGAGGACCUGGGCAUCCUCUUCCUAGGUUAAGUACUUAAUAUACAUGGUGCUACAGGGGCACAUUUGACCCUGUAUCACUGGAUGGUAGCAAAAAGUGCCUUACACCUAUUAAACUCUGAAUUUCACUUGUCAGGUAUUUGGCAAAGCUUUGACCCUUGUUAGGACUUUACAUUAAUAAUGCAUCAGGCCUCUUACUUGGAAGUAGACACUUUCCAAAGCCAGGAUGUAAAAACGAAAUCUAAACUGAGACAAGUCUAGAAAUACUGCAUGUUUUUCUGAUGUAUCUGUCACCACAGUAUCUAGUGCAUUGUGCAUAUAACUGAAACAGAUGUACAUGUAGGGCUUGGAACAUUUCCCCCAAAUAGACCAUGUUUUAUAUUACCCAUGCUGCUACUAUACAGCUACAUUAAUAAGUCCAGAAAUGGAAUUAUGGGGAUACAGCCAGGGGAUUAAUUAUCAAGGGGAUUCAAAUUCCUGCAGUUAAAGGCCAGAGCAUGAUUACAGUUGUCACUAUACUCUAAGAAUAGCCAAUUUCAGACUUAUGAUUAGAGGAUUGUUGAGAGCUCUUCCCUCCCCCCCCUUUGCAGUGGUGAUCCUUCAAACUCAUGCUCUGGGACAUGAUGUUGUGGGGAGCUAUUUAGGACCCAGAAUAUCUAGGGCAUUGUAAAUUGCAGUAAGCACAAAUCUCCAGGUGAAACAACUUACAACUAUUGUGUGGAGCGUGGGUAUAGUUUCCUCUGAUCAGUCUCUUCUGCAGUAAAUGAAGCUUCCCAAUGGCCUUGUGGGAGCCCCCACAGAGAGGGAGCUGUAGUAGUCUAAUUUAGGAAGUGGGAGGGCACGUGCCAAAUGAGUCAAAGAUGAAAGAAGUUACUGGCACACAGUCUGCUCCUCUUGGGACUUCAGGAGCAGAGAUGAGUCAGGGAGUUAAGGCCUUGAGGGCAGGGACAGUGUCUUACUUGUCUGAACUACCACAAAUACUGUUCACAAAAUAUUUGGAGCUUAUAAAUUGCCUGAGAGUCAGGAGAAUGUCUUACAUUGAAGACAAUGGUCACUGUCUCGUUCAUUCCUGCCAUUGAGCAUCCUGUUUACCAUAAUGCCUGCUCCCAAGGACCAGGAGCAUUCACCCACAACUGCUUUAACUUGCCUCAGUUUAAACAGUUGGAAGCUUGUGGCAUGGUGAUACUAGGUGAUUUAGGAGGGGCCAGAGGAUUUGAUGGAGGAUUAGAAUUCUCAUCUUAAAUCUGAGCCCCCUCUUGCACGCCUGGUGUAGUUGGUGUGUCCAAUUUGCUCCCAGUCUGUUGUCAUGGGAGGGACUUCAUUUUACAGGGUUGGAUUCUUCACUCAGCUCACCUUGCAUAAAGGUUCUUGCCUUGUCACUGCACCACCCCUCGUGGGAAGGACCUGGGAAUCUGCCAGGGCUCCUGUUGCACGUGGCCAGGAUUCAAUGGUAAAAGUACUGAGAGAGAUCAGAAGUUUCUGACUCAAAUAACAGCAUUGUACUCUGAGCUGAGUUUAGCCCAGGUAGUAGCAUAUUGUUCUUCAAUGACUUAUUUGAUGACAGCAGAAGAGGCACAGACAGUGCAUUUCCAGGGGUUGCUUUUGAUGCAGUGCACUGGGGAGUUAUCUACUGAUUCCCCCACUGAGUAUGGCCAUUCUGCAUCCUCUCUCAAAAGCUGUCGGGUUCAUGUAGGGUUGCAAUGAAUCUUGUAAUAGGUUUCAGUUUCAGUGCAAGAAGACACCAAGCUGAAUAGAAGACACCAUGUCUGCUGGGAUUUAGGCUUCUAAAUCACUUAGGCACUUUGGAACAUUUUACCCUUAAACCCUAAAGUCAGCUGCUGAGUCUGUGUUCAGGAAGCAGUUUCUGCAAGUAAGCAGGGUCCUCAGGCACUUUAAACUUUAUUAAAAGAAACCUUGUGUAAAGUAAACGGGGUUUUUAAACCUAAAUUUCUUGGUCAUUGUUUAAAGGCCAAAAGGCAAAAUCUUCAAAAGUGCCUAACCCCUGUUGACUUGGGUUCCUGUAUCAUUUUGGUGCUUUUGAAGACUUCACUCAAAAUCUUCUGGAGACUGAGUUAUCUGAUUUCUUAAUUCUUUCUCUUGUUUAAUUCAAGCUGUCUUUGAAUUGUGAGCAAGAACAUCCUCAACCCUGGGAGCUAUUUUUAGUCCAUGUUCUGGAAACUUAGAUCAAUGGCAAGAAGAUGAGCUUCUAAAUGGGCUGGAGGUCUUGAUGCUACUGCAUUUCAGAGAAGAUAUUUGAAUAGGGUUUUGUUAAUGCCAUAACUUGAAUGCUACACUUAACUGUAUUAAACUACAGUGAUUCUUUAAUUGGCCCAGUCAUACCAAUAGCUACAGCACAGCAGAUGCCUUCUCUAAAACUUUCUGUUUAGGCACAUUCUAAGAAGCAGAACUACUUUGUCCUUGGAAAAACCUUCCCUGCAACCUAGAAUUAGGUCUGGUGGAGCGGGCCUGUUGUAAAGGACCAGGUCAAUGUACUGAUGGAAGCCCUCUGUGCACCUCUUGUCACCCCAGUAGUGGGGGUGGGCACAGGGAUUUUAAUCAGGAUGUCCAUCCUGGGCCCCAUGUGAUCAUUUGGUCUUCGGUAAUAGCUCUGGCUAUUAGAGGUCCAGUUGGCUUGGAGCGUCAUUGCCCUCUAACUACAGGAAAAAGGAGCUUUCUCUUCUUCCCACACCAGCUGGCUGUUGGAAGGGAAGGGCCAGGAUGAGGAUUCUGCUGCUCCAGCCCCUGCUGGUGGUGUUUGCUUUGCCAAGCAGCUAUAAAGUGAAACUGACUUGGUUGUUGGCUUCCUAGCUCUGCCUAAGGAGUUCUAAACAGCAGCAAUGAACAGAAUCAGUGUAGUUUUGCUGCUUGGCAAAAUGAUGAGCAUCAGCAGAAGCACUAGAUCUGCCUGUGGACUCAGAUGUGCUGUAUGGUCAGAUUAGGAAGGCUGUCUAAAGACUAGAAACUUAAUCUUUUAACUGAAAGAACUUGAAAUGGACUCCAGUGUGGGAGGGCUGCCUGCACAUGCUCUGGAGUAUUUUUUUCAAAACUCAGACGUUGGUCAUUAAGGACCCAUUCCCGUACAAAUAUAAUCUUAGUUUUUUUCAGUGUUUGGAGCUCAGUUUACAUACAGUUGUCUCUAACAGGAAAUAAAUGGAGUAUAAUUACACAUGAAGUGGUUUUCUCUAUAAAUGCAAUGAAUUCUGUAAACGAGCAGCUCUUCGUGGUAAAAGCAAAAGCCUGGACUUGUUUGACCAAACCACAGCCAAGACCAAGGAGUAAACAUGAAGCUCAAUUUUAUGUCUUUGGUUUUGGACCCAAUUAAAACAGAGCUUGGAAACAGGAACCUCAUUAAUUUCAUAACCAUUAAGGAUUUCUCAUGUUGACUUUUGUGGCUUUCAGGAACAAAUAGGUUGACUUCUUCUCUAGGAAAUGCGCCUCUUCUUUGUACAGGAGACUCAAGGUGGCCUGAGUGUAUUUGAGGGCAGAAAUCUGUCUUCAGGCCUUUGAAUGAAUUGUGCUUUUUAUCUUUCAGGUAGGAUAUGUGCGGCUGGACGUCGGGUUCCUGUUGCACGUGAAAUCUAUAUCGUACGUGUCAAACUGUGCUGGGCUUCAAAGCAUACUGAUCACGGCUAAUGCAUUUACUCUUAAUGGACAUUUGUCUCUCGUCAAAGUGUAGUGAAAAGUAACUUCCUUUUUCUUUUUUAUUUUUCAGAAAUUGCUUUGAAUAAUUUUUUGGCCUUUUAUUUUCCUAUGACCCUAGAGCCAUUAUUCUCUGCUGCUCUUUGGGACGUUAGUACCCUUUACCCAAUCUAAGCCCAGCUUUUGAGCUAGAGUAGUUGCAAUGCCAGUUUACUCUUUUUUGGAGACGUGCUUGGGAUUACUGUCUUCCUCUUGCAGUUCAGUUUGUAGCUUGCCUAUUUAAUAGUAUGUUUGUUUUUAAAGGUGAAUAACCAGUCUUAAUUAGGUAUGAAAUAUUAUAUCAACGUAGUAUUGCAAAGCCUGCUCCCCUUAGUUCUAGCCUGCACUCUGGAGUCGUCUCUCCUGCCCCCACAUUAUUUUUGGAAUAUAACCUGUAACUCUCCUUCUCUCUGAAGUUUAGCAUCGUUUGACCACCUCUCUUUUUCCAGCAAAAUAAACACUUAUAACAGA